GGUUCGUUCCUCUAUUUUGAUCUACGAGCUGUAGGUGGUGAAUCCUCAAUUGGGAACACUUUUUGUAUGUAAAUUUUUGUCUUUACACACUGCAGCGCUUUUGUUGACGCUCAGGUUUAUAAAGAAAGCCGUGAUGACACCAGCAUUUAUUCGUCAUUGAGGAGCCAGCCACGGCCGCUUUGCUUUUUUUCCCCUCUGAAACUCUAUCGAGAUUACUGACAGCCUUCUGCCAUGAGCUGCCUGGAUGUUAUGUAUCAAAAUUAUGGAGCUCAUCAUUACUUGCCAGCGACCGCUGCAGCAGCUUAUAAAGCAGCAUAUUACCAUCACCAUCAACAGCAGCAGAAAAAGUUCAAUGCAUAUAGCAGGAUGCAGGACUUUGUUGAAUUGCCUGCGCACUGCGCCCACAGUAAACAAGCUGAGAAGCCCAGACCAGAGGCUGAGUUGCAAAGAGAUGAUGAUGAGCGGUGUAGUGAGGAGGAGGUGAGAGCUAAGGAUUCACAACCAGCUGAGACAGAGUACUUGAGCUCCAGGUGUGUGCUCUUCACAUAUUUCCGUGGGGACAUUGGUGAUGUGGUGGACGAGCACUUCUCCCGUGCCCUCAGCCAAACUAGUGCCUUCAGUAAUGACACCAAGAGCAUUAAGCUGGCAUCUGGAGGACUUUGGAAAGACACCGCUUCUCUCUGCGAUGGUCAAAGUGGUUCUUUGCCCACAUCGUUAUGGAACAGUAGUUACCCAUCUCAGACCAACUCCUGCAUCCCCUCCGUUCAUAGUGAUUUUCCUGCAGCUGCUGCCUUCCACACAGCAGACACUGGAAUUUGGAGUGGCCAUAGCCUGACCCAGCCUGGCCUGCCCCCUCAUUCAGCUCUCAGUGACUCAUGGCCCUAUGGCCUGAGUGGCCAAAGCAGCACCGGGCACCAUCAUGUCCAUGACAUGUACCCUCAUAUGCACCCACGCCACCAUCAUCCCCACGCUCAUGCCCAUCCCAUGCUCCAUCACAGCCACAGCAGUGCUCUGGACCAUCGCUUCAGCGCCCUUCUGUUGCCAGGCAUGAGGGCAUCGAGUAGCCCUUCCUCUUCUAAUACAGAAGGAAUCAAGACAGAGCUGGAGCCUGCGGCUUCUAGCUGGCCAACAACCUUCCAUGGUUCUGUAGAUAUAUAUGACACAGCAGUGGAACAGGACAAAGCGAAAGCCAGUGUCUGGUUUUGAAACAGAGAAAGCCAGCCUGUGACACAUAGCCUUGGAGUUGAGCAGCGCUGACAUGAGCAGUGUGAGAUGGGCCAGAGUCUCACUGUGGAAUCUCUCUCUGGAAAGCUUUCAGAUUUCCUGGGAGGCGACUCAGGAAAGGAAACUUUGACUCCCUCCAUUAGACAAGCAUAACAAUAAACUUGGAGAAACUCAACUUUCUGUAAAUGCAGACGUUUGUCCAAGUUUGUGUAUGAUGCGAAGAACGAGGUGUUAAUGAAUUCAGCAAGAGUUCUGUUGCAACCUGGGCUUUCAAACAGCUCUCACAAAAGGAACUUAAAUGAAGGAAGAGUCACAAAUGUAUCAAAGUCUUAAGAGGUAUAUUUUUCCUCCUUUUUGUAAACCAUGUUGAACAUUUCCUGUUUAGUGGUUUGUGAUCAGGAACAGAAGUAUAAGCACAUACCACUGGUUUUGUUAAAAGAACUGCCUGUCUCGUUGUAAAUGAAGGCCAGUUUUGUGUUAUUGUGGCUAUAAAUAUGUGAAUAUUUGAGUAGCAGCCUUGUUCAAAAAGAUGUUUUACUUUAAUAUAUUUUGUCUAUGGUCUUGUGAUCUACAGAUUUGACAGUUCUGUAAGGAAUUUGUGCAAAUUGUUUCUACCAAAGUGUUAUGUUGCAUUAUUUUGACUUUUGAAUAAGAAUGUAAGUGUUUUUAUUGCUAAAUGCUGAAUAAAUUGCUAAGUUGUAUUGGCAAA